AUGGAGGGCACAGGCCGUGGUGUUGGGAAACCGGCUCAAGGUGGAAAAGUCUUUGUUCCACCCCGAACAAGCACGGUGAGGUCAAGUGAAAUACGUGGCAGUAAAGACGACUCAGCAGCAUCUGAUUUUUCCAGUGUGGUUGUGGAUCCACCAACCAACACUGGUAACAGUGGUAAUCAAAGUGGUGGACGUGGCGGGUCAGGCAGUGUUGGAGAGGGUGCAAGUGGUAGGGGGGACACCUGAGGUGGUGGUGGGGAUGGUGACUGCUAGGGAUAUAUAUCUGUUCCAAAAUACCACAUGAAGAUCAAUUUUAUCAUUUAACCACAAGGAAGUAGAAUCUGCCCGCCCCAACUGUGCUGGAUCAAGAAAAUUAUAUUCAGGAAAACUCAAUACACAUUAGAUUCUACCUCCUCAUCCAUGACAAGUUUUAAAUAUACUGUUGCUUUUUUAUGCUGCAAUAUAGAUUCUUACCCUCUUCUCUACAUAUUCAAAAAUCAAAAUCAAAAAAUAGCUUCUUUAAAUUCUGUAUCCUGUAUUCACACAAGAAACUGCAAAAGAUCCAGAGUUACUAUCUUUGACAAGAAGAAAUGAUCUUGAAACUGAUGAAUCUAUUUUUGUACCACUUCUGAAGUAAAUAAAUAACCCCACUGAAACAAAAAUAAGUCCA